UGGCAGUUGGCUGGCCAUCGGCUGAGCUGAGUCGCUAGUCGGUAGUGGAGUGUAGAGUUGUCUCGUAGCUCGUAGUGUCAGCCAGCUUGUGUGUGUCAAGUGCGAGCGCGCGUGUUUCCGCUCUAACAUCCCCCUGUACUUCUGUCUUCAAGCGCCUGGUGACUUUGUGACAUCCGCUCUGUGCUAAUGCUGAUUUGAAGAAUUUUAGGGGAUGCAGUUCCAAUUUUUAGCCAUCACUUUCACGAAAUUGAAAUAGUGAAUUUGAAGGUUUCAUUCAGAGUGGUUUGUAACUUCAUUCUUCCAACGACAUUUUUCUGAAGCCACCUUAUUUCUAACUAUUUUUAAGAUUGAAUCAAGCAUAAGCUGAAGAACUUGUUAGUCUUUUUCGUUAACAAUGAUCCGUUGUAAUGACUCGAUAGUGGAAAGUAUGAGAAAUCGUUUGGACUGAUUGAUGGUGGCAGAACAUUCAUUGAGUGAAAGAAGUGGUAGAGACACAGCAAAAAGGACACCCAUUACACCAGAGUUGCAGCCUUCCUCCAGUCCUAGAUGAAGACAAUGGAAGCUUUGGAUAAUCCAUCGUACUUUACGCUAGCGGGUUCAUCAGCGGCAGCGGCACCACCUCACGAGAGCAAGUUCUCGCUGUUGAGGAGACGCGGCCUGGGCGGAAGUGGCGGAGGCGGCUACUACAAUGGCGACGCCGCCUCCCUGACGCUGCCUUCGGCCGGCCGCCGCAGCAGUCUGCGAACUCUGCUGUUGGGCAAUCCGCGGCCUCGUGACCUGGCGCCCGAACAGAGGCCGGGCCACCGCCGCCGGGCCAGCUCGUCCGCCUCCGACCUGAUGCCACCCCCAACCCCGCCCCCGCCACCAAUCGUCGAUGACGAGGGUGAUGUGUUUGUAGAGUCGGCCACCUACUACAAUCUGACAGCACCGACUGCCGCUAGCAGACGACGUCACUCGAUCGGCACCUUCCUGAGGACAUCCGCCGCCUCCACCGCCUCUGCAAUCGCCCACGCCGAACCGGCACACUCCCUCCGCAAACGAUGUGACAAGUGCACUGGAGGAGUGAAGACCAAUGGGGAGCUCUUGGACAUAGUGAUAAUUUCAAGUGGCCUGAGUGAAACUGCCUCACUAUGGGUAACCUACCUGACAACUUGCUUCCAACAAAUCUCCACUGAACAGUCACAACCUCCAUUCAAGCUGGUAUGUGUUCGACUGGAAGAUGUUUUGGUUGGCAUGACAGCCCUGGCUCAGAACGAGAAGCUGAGCAAAGCGCGCCUGCAGAUUGUAAUCCUUUGCCCGAGUUUCCUGGAUCAGAUCAAGAAGAGUCCGGGACCAGCGACGGCACUCAGCACCCUGCUGCAGCCCAGUCGAGUCUUCGCCAUGCUCCUGGGAGUCAACGAUGAGUCUGUCACCAUACAACAUAGAGCUGCGUUGCUGUGCUUUGAUGAAUGGCGCAAAGUGGUAGUGAAAGACCAGGAUCCAACUUUUGUUGGCGACUUCCUGGGUGUCGCCAUGGACAUCCUCAGCCGUUCCUGGCAGAUCCAGCACGCCAUCAAUCAGCUGCGAACCGACGAGAAGAAAGCCCAAUUCUCAAUCAUACCAAAGAAAGUGAAAGUGGGACAAAAUAAGCUUAUAAUUCUAUUGAAUGACCCGCUUGAUGAGCAUGAUGAAAUACAUGUCUCAGUGGACAAGAAUGGAACCAGGUUGGAGCCAACAUCAGUGAAGAGACGAAAUCCUUACACUAUUCAAUUUGCUAUGCCAGUUGCAUGUCUACAAGUCUCAAUGAUCGCGAGUGUUUUCGUAGAGAAGAACGGGAAGCCUCUUGGUCACAGGCUGGUGAAAUGUGAAUGCAGGAUGCAGGAGCUCGAUCAACUGCUUAGAACCACUGAUAAUCCCAUGCAGUUCAUGUGCCAGGCUCUUGGUUUGAAUCCUGGAGAAAAAGACCAACUAGAUGUAUUUCUGGUGGCUUCUCUACAGAGAAAUCUGCCACCGCAUUUCAAUCUACUCCAGCCAGCUGGUCAUCGUUACCAUUCAGCGAACAGCGAGUACCCGACACUGCUGCACUUUGCGGCGCGCUUCGGCCUGGAGAAGCUGUCCUGGCAGCUGCUGGAGUGUCCGGGUGGCGAGCAGGCCUGCUCCAUACGCAACGCCUGUCAACUCACUCCGGCUGACAUCGCUGAGCGAGCCGGCCAUCACAAGCUCGCCAACGCGCUCAAGGGAUACUUGCAAAUGACAGAGCUUUCAAGUAUGUACAGCUAUCUCAAGGGAAUUUCGGACAAACACACACCUGGUUUUAGUGAAGCCAACUACCUACUGCCACGACCGCUGAACGACACCUACCUAGUGCCACCGGCGGCACGACCUGUCACCUCGGCCUCCACCCCGACCAGUCCUCCACCCUUCUACUGCGAACAGGAGUUCUACAAGAUACCCCCCUCGCCCAUCCUGCUCGUGGAGUCACCCAACUACAACAUCCCUCCCGCCCCCCUGCCGCUCGAACACAACAAGCUUCCACACUUUGCCACCUCUCCCACCUCACCGUCACCCACAUCCCCAUCAAAACAUAUGUUCCCCUUUGGAGGCUACAUUGAAAUGCAUGCAGAGAAAAAUCAAGAUCAUUCUCCAAAAGUAAAAGAAAAGUCAUCACACUGCCAUUAUUAUGAAAAUAGACGACACGAUGAUCAACUACCAACAAAUUUACCAUCACCUCUUGCUACUGUUCAAGAUUGUUCGAAUGCGGUUGCACCCUCCGAACACUGCAGGAAGAACAGUGCUAGCAGUAGCAGCAGUAGCACCAAGCUCUCACUUCAUGGCACCCAAGACGAGCUGGCUGAAAUCAUCAAUGACUUCAAGAAUCAUGUCAUCACAAUCGCAGAAGUUGAAAAGCUAGUGGCAAGUUGGCAGAACAGACAUGACGUUCAACAGUCUUUCAAGGAAAAACAGGAGCAACUGAAUGCAAUGAGAGAAGAAUACGAAAGGAUACAGCACAAAAUGAAAACUCAUCUGAAACGGCCGACUCCAUUCGAAAGGAUAAAGAAAUUCUUCAGUCGAGGGAAAUCAAAACAUGGUACAUGUAGUGCCGAAUGCCAGCGACAGCAGGCCAAGACCCACGGCGACAGUAUUAUCAACAACAUGAGCUCAGUGAGUGUCUGCCACCGGCCAACCAGUAGUCUCAGCCUACACAGCUCCUGCAGUUCCGGUUCGUCGGGAAGGAUGAGUAUAGCUAGUGGCACAAGCCUUGGAGACAGUGGAACACACUCUGAUCAUGACGAUAAGAAACAUUCUGUGCAAAAUGAUGUGCUGAGUCAUGGUAUAAGAAGCCGGCUGAAUGGAGAAGCUCAUCAGAACAGUUCCUCAGUUUGUUCGAUUCCACUCGACUCGCACAGCUGUUCCAAGGCAGGCCACAUGCAAACUGCAGACUAUGUCAACACCGAUCAACAUGCAGUGUGCAUGACAGGCACUCUGAAACGAUUGACUUCAUUGACAUUCGAGGACACCAUCAUUGAAGACCAGGAGACUGUGACAGUCGAGAGUGAGGAGGGCGCCACAGAGGAAAAAGCGCUGGAAACCGAGGAAGAGAUACGGGAAGUGACAGAUGAAGGAGAUAGAGGUAGUGACAAACAGGAUACAGAAGAAAAGGGAAUGGCUGUGGUGGAGAUACAUAAUCCACCUAAAUCUGAUGUAGAGGAAAAAGGGGAGUCGGAAAUCGACGGCGAUAAUCUAGCGGAAGACUCUAAACCUGCUAAAGAAACGGAGGUAGAAACUUCUAUAAACAUCGAAGACCCCCACGAGGAGAAAGGUGAGCUCGUGAGUUCGUCAAUGACCGAUACAACAGAAGAGAAUGCGAUUGAUGAUGUAAAAUUGAAAACCGUGCAAACAACCACAAUCACAACAACAGCACCAGCUAGGACGACAACAACAAAUACAUCAACAAACACAACAUGUUCAACAGUGACAGUGGUGACAGCCAAAGCAGACUCACAGGAACACACUCACAUCAGUUUCAGCGAGCUGAGAAGCAAGUUCGCUGCACUUGAGGUUGAUGAGCAGAGUGCCACCAACACAAAACAACAUCCGGAGAAUGGUGUCGUCCCGAGUCUGGUUGAGAACUGUACUGAGGAAAUAAACAGCGAUGAAGAAAUAAUGAAUAGAACAGACGACCUACUUGAAAAUCUACAACUGCAUGAUUACAUGAAUGUGCCAAUUGCAGAUGUAUUCCCCCCUCCACCUGUUCCUCCCAGGGGAGGUUACAAUCACAUUUCUCUAUAGUGUCAAAGUUUAUCAUUGUUUUGGCACUCAGCUCAAUUUGAGGCAACAUUCUAGCAAGUGGCUCAAUUUGAGGAAUCAAGAAGGUAAAUAAUAAUACGCAGUAUCUUAGAUUGCAUUGAUUUUACAUUGGAGAUAAAACUAUAAAAGUGAUAAUGGAGUGAAUCACAAUUUAUACAGGUAUAAUUUUAUUGUUAAUUUAAUUUGUCAUCAAGACUUCCCUUCAACAAGCCUAUCAUGUUUAAUAAAACUCCUAUCCAAUCAUAUUAUGAACAAUAAUUACUAAUAUAUUUUAACAUUUAUUGCUAUUGAGAACUCAUUAAUAAUAAUAUCGAGUGACCUGGCUGGCUCAGGUCUGGUGUCGGAGUUUUCAGAUCGCACCUGAUCAAUUUCAGAGCCUCUGACAUGACCUAACGACUGUUUUUAGGCAGCCGGAACCGACUACCUAACGUGUCCAUCCGAAAUACGAAAAUUUUAACGAGAACUCAUUGAACAUUCGUCAUGAUUGUAAAUAAUUGUGUUUAUAUGUUUUGUAAAUCGCAUGAAACUAGUAUUUAUUCUUCCAGUUCUAACUCUACAUAGUUAGUUGAAAGAAGGAGUUUUCAUAUUUAACAUCCUUAUUUAACGAGCAAAAUUAAAUAACUAUACGGAUAGAGAAUAAUUUAGAAUGUAGCUAGAUAUUUUAUGUACCGUUUUUUGUAUUACCAUAAUAUUAAGCUGCAAGAUUAAUUAGAUUUUCAUAAAUCUCAAUAUCAAUAUUAAAAUACAAAUUCGAGACAACAGAAUAUUGAUAUUAUAGCCUCAACAGUUGACUGUAUUAUAUUAUGAACUGUAUGGCUUAUCUAAAUAAAAAUACUAGUAAUAUAAUGCUGUAUAAAUGCUACAUGUAAACAGUACUCAAAAAAUAUUGUAACGUGUUUUACAUUUUUGUAUUCGAAUAAAAUUGUCAUGAUUAUUAGAGAUUUAAAAA